AUGAAAAGUUUACUAUUUAUAAAUAUAGCUUUAGAUUUGAGCGUUGGUUCAGUUUUGGGUCAUGACGUUCUGAACAGAGAUUUAUACGCCAUACACAGAAAUCAAAAGUUAUAUUUAAAGUUUCAUAGUACUUAUAAUACAUGGUUGGCUAUAACUAAUAAAGAGUUCAAAAAUAAUGUCUUAGCUAAUAUAGAUUGGAAACGUUUAAAGAUAUUAGAAGGUUAUUUCGAUCAAGAAGUAACUUUUGGGGCACAUUAUUGGAUGGAUUUUACGCAAGUAGACAUCAUUAUAUUAAUGAUUACCAUAAAGUUAGAGUUAAAAAAUGAGUUUAAUAUGAUUAGCGUAAUCAUAACUCAGUUAUACGGAGACGUUUACGAACCGUUUUCUAUUAAAGAAGAAAAAAGUAUUCAAAGAGGUGUAUUAAUAACAACAUUCAAAUCUGUACCUAAAGAAUAUGAAAUAGCAUUUGACUUAAAACUAACUUCGUUCAUUACCUAUACAUGUGCAAACAUUUUACAAUUUACCAUCAGUAGUGAUUAUUCAAAUUAUGGCGACAGAUGUCCAGCUGCUUUUGUUUGUAAACACUUAUUUGUUGGCGUUCAAAUUUGUGGAUCAGUUAAUGGCCGAAUUUGUUAUGCGGUGAUCUCGAAAUAUAUAAACUUAUUAGAUUGGACAAGGUUUGUUAUAAGUCAACGAAAAUUUAAUGGAUCUUACAAUUAUUCCGUUCAAGUUAAUGGAGAAAUUAUGAACACAGUGGAAAAUAAAGACGCUAGAGAUUUUAAAAAUGUCAAACUAUAUAUUAGCAGUCCUUGGGUUAUUGCACAACCUGGAUUUAUAAGAAACAUGACAGUAACAAAUAUGUGUACAAGUACUCAGUUGUAUUGUAAACCUCAAUUAAACGUGGUUUUUAAUGGAGAAUUAAGCAAUUAUUCUUUGAAUCUUUCACUUCAAAUCACUUACGUAUAUGAGCCUGGUGAAUUGGCUUUUAACGUAACUUGGGAGUAUUUUCUACCUCUAAGCGUAACGCUAGUUUCUGAAUCACUAAUUUUGGGUUUGGUAAAAGUUGAUUCUAACCGUUUAAAGUACUUGAUUCCUAUGAGUUUAAAUGCUAGUGGAAUAAGUCAUAGCGUGGUCACUAUGAUCCAAAGUACGUCCUGUAUAUAUGGUGGAUCAAACGUUAUUGAAAUACCUAUGAAACUCUCUUUUGAAAAUACUGCAAAGAAACCCUGGAAUCUAUACCAAACAGUUAGAAAAAACUUCACGAAAAGCUGUAAAAAAUCUAUCAUCAAUCAAAUAAAAGAUUUAGAGAGCUACGGUCGAGGCAUAUACUGGGAUAACGUAAAAUCUCAUAUAUAUCUUUGUAAGAAUCAGCAUGUUGAAAGCAAUAGAGCUGCUUGUUAUACUUCAAAAGAUAACGGCAUCAAAUGGGCAGCUUUAGAUUUGAGUGUUGGUUCAGUUUUGGGUCAUGACGUUCUGAACAGGGAUUUAUACGCUGUGCACAGAAAUCAAAAGUUGUAUUUGAAGUUUCAUAGUACUUAUAACACAUGGUUGGCUAUAACUAAUGAAGAGUUCAAAAAUAACGUCUUAGCCAAUAUAGAUUGGAAACGUUUAAAGACAUUAGAUAGUUAUUUCGAUCAAGAAGUAACUUUUGGGACACAUUAUUGGAUGGGAAACGAUAAUGGUCUAUAUUUCCGAGAAUCUACUGAUGGCAUCUGGCUUCAAAGAGCUAAAUGGAUUGUUUAACUACGGAAAGUAUUUAUUUGACAUAUGGCUUAAUAAAUUUUUGUAUAUUUUUUUUAAGUUUACUUUUUUAUCACAUUGUAAAUUAAAACAAAAUUUUAUAAUUUUUCUUAGUUUUAGUGAGUUCUAACAACCUUUUUACUUAAGAUUGUAUGAAACACUAUGCUGUAUAAUCAGUUCAUUAUACAUUUGUAAUCAUAUUUAGAUAAUAAAUCCAUUAUGUAAAAAUAUUUAGAUAAUAAAUCCAUCCACAGUGGGGUAAAA